GAUGAAGGGACGCGGCUGCUGGGAGACGGCCUCGGUGCGCUCCUUCUGCAGCUCCGGCUGCCUGAGUAAAUUUAAGAAGGAUGACUCUGGGGAUGACGGUGAAGGGAGUGCUUCACCAGCUGACAAGAGUGAGCUCCAGCACACACUUAAGAAUCUCUCCCUGAAGUUAGAUGACCUCAGCACAUGCAAUGAUCUCAUUGCCAAGCACGGAGCCGCACUCCAGCGCUCCCUGAACGAGCUGGACAGCCUCAAGAUCCCCUCUGAGAGUGGCGAGAAGCUGAAAGUUGUGAAUGAGCGGGCCACCCUCUUCCGCAUCACAUCAAAUGCUAUGAUCAAUGCCUGCAGGGACUUCUUGGAAUUAGCUGAGAUACACAGCCGGAAAUGGCAGCGAGCACUGCAGUACGAGCAGGAGCAACGCGUCCAUUUGGAAGAAACCAUUGAACAGCUGGCCAAGCAGCAUAACAGCCUCGAGCGGGCCUUCCGCAGUGGCCCGGGCUGGUCUGCCAACCCCAGCAACAGCUGCAGCGAGGGAAGCCUCUUGACUCCCAAAGGAGAGGACAGUGAGGAAGAUGAAGAUACCGAGUACUUUGAUGCCAUGGAAGACUCUACAUCCUUCAUCACCGUGAUCACUGAGACUAAUGAAGAUAGAAAAGCCGAAGGUGGAAGCAGCACGUGUGGAACUGUAGACUGGACCACGGCAGACAAUGUGAGUGAGGUGCUAGAUGGAGCCUCACUUGUGCCCAGGGGCUCAUACAGAGUCAAGAGGCGUGUCCGCAUCCCUGACAAGCCCAACUACAGCCUUAACCUUUGGAGCAUCAUGAAGAACUGCAUUGGUCGAGAGCUCUCCAGGAUCCCCAUGCCAGUGAACUUCAACGAGCCCCUGUCCAUGCUCCAGCGGCUGACCGAGGACCUGGAGUACCACCACCUGCUGGACAAGGCGGUGCACUGCCCCAGCUCUGUGGAGCAGAUGUGCCUGGUGGCUGCCUUCUCUGUGUCCUCCUACUCUACCACUGUGCACCGCAUCGCCAAGCCCUUCAACCCCAUGCUGGGGGAGACCUUCGAGCUGGACCGCCUGGAGGACAUGGGCGUGCGCUCCCUCUGCGAGCAGGUGAGCCAUCACCCCCCAUCAGCUGCCCACUAUGCAUUUUCUAAGAAUGGCUGGAGCCUCUGGCAGGAGAUCACCAUCGCCAGCAAGUUCCGGGGAAAGUAUAUCUCCAUCAUGCCACUCGGUGCCAUCCACUUAGAAUUCCAGGCCACUGGAAAUCACUAUGUAUGGAGGAAGAGCACCUCAACCGUGCACAACAUCAUCGUGGGCAAGCUCUGGAUUGACCAGUCAGGAGACAUUGAGAUUGUGAACCAUAAGACUAGUGACCGAUGCCAGCUCAAGUUUGUGCCCUACAGCUACUUCUCCAAAGAGGCAGCCCGAAAGGUGACUGGAGUGGUGCGUGACAGCCAAGGGAAGGCCCAUUAUGUGCUGUCGGGCUCAUGGGAUGAGCAGAUGGAAUGCUCCAAGAUCGUGCAGAGUAGCCCCAGCAGCCCCGGCUCGGAUGGGAAGCAGAAGACAGUGUACCAGACGCUACCAGCCAAGCUGCUGUGGAGAAAGUACCCACUGCCGGAGAACGCGGAGAACAUGUACUACUUCUCCGAGCUGGCGCUGACCCUCAACGAGCUCGAGGGCGGCGUGGCGCCCACCGACAGCCGCCUGCGGCCGGACCAGCGGCUGAUGGCUGCAGCGCCGCGGAAGAAGGUGAGGCCGGGCAAGGAGGGGGCCGGGAGCGGGUGCGGGGUACCGGGAAAACGGGGGCGCCCAGGAGAGGAGCUUACCAACCUCGGCCUGCGCCCAGCAGAGAAGGAGUCAGACGGGUAUGUUCCGCUGUGGUUCGAGAAGAGACUGGACCCGCUCACCAGAGAGACGGCCUACGUGUACAAGGGUGGCUACUGGGAGGCCAAGGAGAAGCAGGAGUGGCACAUGUGCCCCAACAUCUUCUGAGUGCCACCCUGCAGCAAUAACGCACUCAGUUCAUUAGUGAAUGCCGCCCUUAUUUCCGACCCCCUCCGAAAAACGUGUUGGGGAACCUAUGAAGGGGAAGGGCUGACCCGGGUUCUCUCCAUCUCCCAGGUGCACCGGGUCACCUGCACCCCUUCACCAUGGACUUGGGCCCCGUGGGCACCCCAGCACCCACUUAACAACUCAGGCUGGCUGGCCCAGACCAUCAGCUGCCCAGGUCACCAGCCCCAAUCCAGGGAGGAACUGGCCCCUCCUUGGGAGCCUCUUUUGACUUUUUUAGGAAAAAAAAAAAUCUCCAUUUCUUUCCAGCCAUGAUUUUUAGUACAGUAUUUAGCAGACAACUUUCAAAAUGUGCUUCCUUGCCACGAAAUAGUCCUGGCAAGAUUCCCCUUUAAA